CUUAUAUACAAUCACAAUUUCUCACCUACGAAAUACUUCAUUUGGAACAAUAAAGACAUACGUUACUAAAGGAAAUCUCUUUUCAUCAACAAUUGGUUCAAGAAUGAUAUCAUUUUUGUGAGUCAGCUUUUCAAUAAGGAAGGGUUUUCUGCCUAAACAUGAUGGAUGUUACCCGGUUUCUCCGAAGCCAAAAGGUCAAGCUGAUAGAAAUUCUCAGCGCGGAUGCUGACUUUGUUGUGCAGCACGCAGACUCUCGUUCUCUGCUGUCUCCCGCCGGAUACGAGCAGGUGCAAUCAUGCAGAGUUUCAAGUGAGAAAGUGGUGCAGCUCCUUGAUCACGUCAUCAAGAGAGGGCCUGUGUCAGCACGGGGUCUGCUGGAGUUACUGAAGGAGCCACCGCUGCAAGAAACUUUCCCGAUGCUGGACUGUUUGAAGAAUCAGCAAGUUGACUCAUUGGCGUGCGAUACCCAGAGAAAAAGAAAGUUAGUUCCUGAUGUUAAACAUGAGACUAUUACACACAUUAAAAUGUGCAAGAACGAAGAUUCUCCCAUCGUGUCGGAAAGGCAGCUGAUGAUCGUCGCAUGCGGCAUGGGACUAUCUUGGAGAGAAAUCGGCAGGCUGGCUUUGGAAAUCCCCACGGUGAAGCUGGAGCAGAUCGAAGAGGACCAUUCCAUCCUUAAGGAGCGCGCGUUUGCAAUGCUCAACUAUUGGAGGAUAUGCCAGAGGAAAAAGGCCACUGCCGCUUACCUGCACUCACUGCUUAGUCAAAACGACUGGGCACUGCCUCCUGAGAGAAUUGACUUUCUGUUAGAGACCAACUGAGGCAUUUUUAAACAUUCCUUUUCAUAGGAAACUUUGGGUAUGAUGCCUCCCUACUUUUCACAUUCAACAAUUAUGGUGAUAUCUUCUACGAGCUUCAACAUAAAUCCAAUAACGGGCAGUGAAUUUUCAUUUUAAACUUUUCAACCCUAUUUCCAAGUCUGCCUUUUGGAAGAUAUAAUGCUCAGUUUUUAAUCAUAAGAAAUUGUCUUGAUAAUAAUCAAUAUUAUUAUAUAUAUACAUACUAAUGUGUGUGAAUGAUGUCUGUGUUGACCCUGCGAUGAGGUGGCGACUUGUCUAGGGCACAGCCUGCCUUCCGCCCAAGUGCAGCUGGGAUAGGCUUCAGCACCCCCUGCGAUUCCGAGAGGAACAAGCGGUAGAAAAUGGAUGGUGUUUCUAAAUAUUUAUUUUACAAUAUUAUUUGUAUAACUGUCAAGGAUGUACUCCAAGAAAAAGCACAUUUUGUUUAUUUGAAAUCUUGACAAAUAAAAUAAAAACAUGUCUAUACAUUAGGUGUAAUAAACCCACUGAAAAAAGCGAGCAGUUGAUACCUCAUUAAAUUAGAUUAAACUAAUUGAAAACAGCGAACAUAUACAGUCGGGAUCAAAAGUUUACAUGC